AUGCUGCUACCUUCAUUCCUGCGUCUAUCGCUCAUCCUUCUUUCAUCGAGGGUAUGGGCCUAUCCCGCCGGCAACGAGGAACGAGAUCUUGUCCCUACGCGGACAACAGAAGCCGUAGCUAGGGCCGCACCACCGAACUGCUUUCCAGCUUUAGGAUUCACCAUGCCUUCCAGCGUGCCGUCAAGUCUGACCAACUGGUGGUGUGAUCGCGCGACCGAAUACGCCUUUGUGGGAUUCAGCUAUGAAGUUACCGACUGCCAGAGUCUGUCUCAACUGCGGACGGAUUUCAAGAACAUCAGGAAUACUUUCAAAGGGCGGUAUAUCCGAAUGUAUGGCUUUUGUGACAAUGAUGGUUUCUACAACAACGUCGUUCAAGCUGCAUGGGAGGCUGGCAUUGGUGUUCAUGCAUUGAUUUGGUUUGGGUUCGACGGAACAGACGAGUGGAUCGGCCGCAGAGAUGCGCUCUUCGGAAUCCUCCAUUCUAAUCCCAAAGCCAAAUUCGUGACCCGAGUCCUGCAGUUCGGAAGUGAGCCGCUGUACGAUAAUGUCCUUUCUGCCUCUUCCCUCGCGGCACAAGUUACCGCCGCAAAGGCCAACCUGUCUAGUUUGCAGAUUCCUGUGACAAUUUCAGAGAUGGCAUACGGAUACCAAGAACGCUCCUCCUCCCAGAAGGUAAUGGACGCGAUAGAUUUGAUUGACGCGCACAUGUUACCGUUCUUCUCAACCGAAGCAUCCACUGUAGCAAACAACUCGUGGCCGAUUGUGCUCACGGACUUGGAUUGGUUUGUCGACAAUGGCGAAGGGAAGAAGAUAUAUUUGAGCGAGAAUGGUUGGCCGUCGGUGACGUCUUCGGGAGUUCAGCCCAACUCUCCGUCAGCGGUCGCGAAUGUGCAGAAUGAACACGUAGUUCUGAUCCCUACAGUAGUCAACGCGCUCUGA